AUGGCUGAAGAAGAAAGAAACGAACCCGGAAAAUCUCAGAAAAUCACCCCAAUCGCGACGGCCAACAAGAAGACGGACGAAGAGUUCAUCAGAGAUUAUAUAAAACCGAGCCAAGAAUGGGCAACAUGGACACAUCCACUCACACAAAAACCCUACUCGCUCGAGUUUCUAUCCUCACACGAGCUCAGCAAAGAUGACUUCCGGACCUGCUUUGGCAUCAUCGAAACGACAAGCGGCGUGGAUUACAAGAAUUCCUCUGUGGGAUGGCAUCCCGCUAUGAAAAGGAAAGAGAUGAAGUCGCCGGAUCUCCGGUACAUACUCGUCAAAGACGACGGUGCGGUCAAGGGGUUUACAUCGCUGAUGCCUACGUUUGAGAAUCACGAACCUGUGCUAUCCGGCCUCGGCAAGCAGCUCAUGAACCAACUCAUCACCAUUGCGGAAAACAUCCCGUCAACCAAGAAAGUGAUGCUCACUUGCUUCACAAGCAAUCUCAACGGCCUCAAGUUCUACGAAAAACUCGGCUUCACGAAAGAUGGAUUUUCCCCCAGGGAUCGCACUUUAAGAGGCGGGAAAGUGGUGCGUCCUGAUUAUGUGAUUUUGAGUCGUGUGACUGCACAUGGAGGGUUGGAUGGGGAGUUGAGGGCUAUCAACUAG